AACAUUGCGCGCUAUGUCUCAGACCUCCGCGCGAAAUUCACAAGCCGUCAAUGACAGCCAAGAGUUUUCAAAAAACAACCUGGUCCAAAUUUAAAAAAGAAAAGAAGAAAAGAAAAGAAAGAAAGAAACUCGACACAUGUCUUGCCACCUUUGAAUUUAUUUUUUAUUUUUUUCGUUUAAUUUAUUCCUCCAAAGUCUCAAAGCUUUCAUCUCUUUCCGCUCUGGCCGGAAACGGAUCUCCGAACUGAAGGCUCUUGUUAUUCUCUCUCUCUCCCUCUCUCUUUCUCUCUUCUCCGAUGGAUUGAGAAGGGAACAAAAGCAAAGUUGAAAUCUUGGGGUUGUUUUGGAAUUUCGAAAAGAAUUGGGGUAAAAUGGGGGACGAGAGCACCUCCAACUCGGUCUCUCAAUUUGGAGGGAUUGAUGGGAACAAAAGCUAUGAGACCCAGGUGGUGUUGAACGUCUACGACCUCACCCCUCUCAACAAUUACACCGUUUGGUUCGGCCUCGGAAUCUUUCACUCUGGUAUUGAAGUCCAUGGCAAAGAGUACGGUUUUGGAGCCCAUGACUUCCCAGUCAGUGGAGUUUUUGAAGUGGAACCAAGGAGCUGCCCAGGUUUUAUUUACCGGUGUUCUGUUUCACUUGGCCGCAUAAAUAUGCAUCCCUCUGAAUUUCGGACAUUUAUUGAGAAUGUUGCUUCAGAGUAUCAUGGUGAUACCUAUCACCUCAUCUCCAAGAAUUGCAACCAUUUUACGGAUGACAUGGCAUGUAGGUUGACACAAAAACAGAUUCCCGGAUGGGUGAAUCGGCUCGCUCGGCUAGGUUCUUUGUGCAGUUGUCUUCUUCCUGAAAGCCUUCAAGUGACUACUGUUAAACAGAUACCUGAAUACCAUCAUGAGUCUGAAGAAGAUGGUACCGAAACUCCACCAAUCACCACCCCUCGUGUAUCAGAGGAAUUGGAUGAUGAUCAAGAGAAGCGCCUGCUGUCACCAUUGGCUGCAAUGUCUCCGGUUGCUGGAAGUGGAGAUGUGACUUUUGUUAAAGAGGCUCACAAGUGAAACAAACCCAAAUUUUUUGGAAAGAGAGGAAGGAAAAAGGGGUGUUGGGCCCGUUGUUGUUAUGGAUGGUUUACUUGGUAGGGAAGUACCUGCUCCUGUUUUCAGAAACAGAGCUGCCUGAACUGUAUUCAUUGUUGGUAUGCAAAGUGUUACAAGCAAUGCGAUUUAAGUUUUGAAUUACAUCUUUCUAAUAUUUUUGGCCAUGGUUUGCUUUUAUUUUUUAUUUUUUGAACCAAGGAAUCGGAAAGUAGAUCGUAGUUUGUGUAUGACCUUAUGAUUUGUACAUGAAGGCUUUGAACGGGAGCUGUUUUUGCGAGUGGAAAUGAAUCUGUCUUUAAUUUCUUA